UUUCCUUCCUUCUCUUUCUCAGUCCCUCUCUCUCUCUCUCACCCCAAGAGUCUGUCAGUUUCAGACGCCAAGACAUGAACACCGUAGCUACUGCUUCAGCACUCUCUUUGCCAAUCUCUCUUGGUAGAUCAUCUAAGUUCAACACUAAAAAGGGCGUCAGAGGAGGAUUUGGGGUUUUUGCUGUAUUUGGAGAGGAAGGAGGGAUAGAAAAGAAGAGUUCCUGGGGACCUCUGUUUGAUGUGGAGGAUCCGAGGUCUAGAGUCCCGCAAUGCAAAGGGAAGUUCUUGGAUGUGAACCAAGCCCUGGAAGUGGCCAGAUUUGAUAUUCAGUACUGUGACUGGAGGGCUCGACAAGAUGUGCUCACAAUCAUGCUCCUUCAUGAAAAGGUUGUAGAAGUUCUAAAUCCUCUAGCCCGUGAUUACAAGUCCAUUGGCACAAUGAAGAAGGAGCUCGCGGGGUUGCAAGAAGACUUAUCACAAGCUCACAGACAGGUUCACAUGUCUGAAGCAAGGGUCGCCACUGCUUUAGAUAAACUAGCUUACAUGGAAGCAUUGGUGAAUGAUAGGCUGUUACAAGACAGAAGUGCAACAGCAUCAAACCAAACAUCCCCAUCUCCCAGUACUUCCACACAUACUCAUGAUGUCGUCCAGAGGAGGUUGCCCCGUAAGAGCUUGGACGUGUCGGGUCCUGUUCAACCGUACCAUCCACUCUUAAAGAAUUUCUGGUAUCCUGUUGCUUUCUCCAAUGAUCUGAAGGAUGAUACAAUGAUGCCAAUUGAUUGUUUUGAGGAACCGUGGGUUGUCUUUCGUGGAAAAGAUGGGAAACCUGGAUGUGUCCAGAACACCUGUGCACAUAGAGCAUGCCCUCUUCACCUUGGUUCAAUAAAUGAGGGUCGCAUCCAAUGCCCCUACCAUGGAUGGGAGUACUCAACAGAUGGAAAAUGUGAGAAAAUGCCAUCUACGCGAUUACUUAAUGUGAAGAUAAAGUCAUUGCCAUGCUUUGAGCAAGAGGGGAUGAUCUGGAUUUGGCCUGGCAAUGACCCUCCAGCAGCCACCAUUCCUUCUUUACAACCACCUCCAGGAUUUCAAAUCCAUGCUGAGAUUGUAAUGGAGCUUCCAGUGGAACAUGGGCUACUUUUAGAUAAUCUUUUGGAUCUUGCGCAUGCCCCUUUUACUCACACUUCCACCUUCGCUAAAGGAUGGAGCGUUCCAAGCUUGGUGAAAUUUUUGACUCCUGAAUCUGGCCUCCAAGGAUAUUGGGACCCUUAUCCGAUAGAUAUGGAAUUUCGGCCGCCUUGUAUGGUGCUAUCAACCAUAGGGAUCUCAAAGCCCGGAAAACUGGGAGGACAGAGUACCCAGCAGUGUCCGACACACCUUCACCAACUUCACGUGUGCUUACCUUCAUCGAGGCAGAAAACGAGGUUAUUAUACAGAAUGUCAUUGGAUUUUGCUCCCCUGCUUAAGCACAUUCCUUUCAUGCAAUAUCUGUGGAGGCAUUUUGCAGAACAGGUCUUGAACGAGGAUCUCCGGCUUGUACUCGGCCAGCAAGAGCGCAUGAUCAACGGUGCAAACGUCUGGAAUUGGCCGGUAUCCUAUGACAAGCUUGGUGUAAGGUAUAGGCUAUGGAGAGAUGCUGUGGAGAAAGGAGCUAAACUACCAUUCAACAAAUCAAUGUAGAAUCACAUUUGAUGAUGGAUUUAACUUCUGUGGAUGAGCCCUCCGAACAACUUGCACAUUUAAUGGAUAUCAGGGCGGAGAAUCGCAAACAAGCACCCGAUGUUGUGCAGUUUCCCAUACCCUUGCUCUCUCAAAUAAACCCCCUUGGCGGAAAUUGUUAGUGAUUCGAGGCAGAGAACAAACGGUCCUUACACACAAACCCUUGUAAACUAAAAGAAACUGUUACACUAAUUUUUAUUGUUUCUGUGUACAGUCAAAUCAAUUUUUUCCUUGAAUAAUUCACCACUUGACGGAGUGAUGAAGACUGUUUUCUGGUCUUAGAGGCUGGUGUUAGUCUCUUACCUUUCUAAUAAAAAAUUUUGGUUCUUUUACA